AUCUGCUUGCAUGUAAAAUGGCGGUGAGGCCUGAUUUUAGCCCAUAAUGGUAGGUGCAACAUUUUUUCUAUGGGAAUUUUCUACUACUAUAUUUCUUCACAAAAAAAGUGUUUUUAACUCUGCUGGGGGUUCUCUCCCUCUGGAGAGUGUGCAAAGCCCUGCAUUUUGACUCUAAGCUGAUACGUUUGUUAAUUACCCACACGUGUGUCAGAUCUAUUUUUCAUCUUCACAUACAAGUCUGUUUCAAAAAUCUGUACAGUACAGUAUUGUAAGAAGUUUGGGGUUUCCUAGAAAUUCAUGAAGGGUUCCUCAAUAAUGCUAAUGGCAAGAUAACCUACAAGAUAGCUUUGUCCACUGCUGUUGAUUUUCUGUGUAAUGUACAGUUUCAUUCUCCGUUCACAAAAAAUGUUUUGAGUCACUUUAAGCUGGGAGUUGAUCUAACUAAGUCAUAUUCAGAGUAGGCACUUUUACAUCAAUGGACUUGUUACUAAAGUUCUGAACUGGCCUAAUUCAGACAUCUUUAGUUAUUAUAUAAAUAUGCAUGUGAAAUGGGAACAGAUUGAAAAAAGUGGUAUAUACAUUUUAGAAAUAAAUAAUUUGCACCACUCUAAUGUAUUGUGGGGUCCAUUAAAUAUUUUUUUAUCAUGUGUGCAGUUUUGCUGAUACCAUGGUAUCAACUGACCCUCCCAAAUCUUCUGUUAUUAUGGGACUUUUACUAUCUGUGUUAUUCCCUUUGUAAUCAGAAUAUUUGUUUGUUCCCAGUGCAAGAAGAUGCCAAAUUUUUCUUUUUCAACGGCUAGUAAUUUCCUUCGGUUUACUCCUGAGACCUUGGAUCAAAUUAAAAAGAGAAUUGCUGAGAAGAAAGCAAAGCGUGCCAAGGCCGCAGAGGAGGGCAAUAGUCAAGAGCAAGAAGAAAAUAUUCAACCACAGCUUGAUCUGAAAGUUUUUAAAAAGCUCCCUAUUCUAUAUGGAAAACCCCCUCCUUGGCUCAUUGGAGAACCACUGGAAGAUGUUGAUCCCUAUUACAAGGAUCGUGAGACUUUUAUGGUGCUAUCAGCCAGGAACAGAAUCUUUCGGUUUUCUGCCACCAAAGCCUUGUUUUUUUUCAGUCCUUUCCAUCCACUGAGAAGACUAGCUGUGAAAAUUUUGAUACACACAUUAUUCAUAGCAUUCAUAACAUGUGUGGUUCUCGUUAACUGUAUUUUUAUGACUUUAAACAAGCCUCCAGAAAAUUACCAAAUCGCUGAGUAUAUUUUCACAGUUAUUUAUACAGUUGAAUUUGCAGUAAAAAUAGUUGCAAGGGGAUUUGUUUUGAAUGAAUUCACCUAUCUUCGAGAUCCCUGGAACGUUUUGGAUUUAUUUGUUUUAAUUAUGACGUACGCAGCUUUGGCUUUGCCUUUUAGUAGCAUUUCAGCUAUCCGAAUUUUCAGGGUUCUGAGAACUUUAAAAGCUGUUUCUGUAAUCCCAGGACUGAAAGUCAUUAUAGCUUCACUUCUUCAGUCUGUCAAGAAGCUUGCCAAUGUGAUGCUGUUGACAGUUUUCUGCUUGGCUGUCUUUGCCCUGGUUGGCCUCCAACUCUUCAUGGGCAACUUAAAAUAUAAAUGUGUCCAUGCUUCUUACUUGAAUAAGAGCAUCAGCAAGGAGGAGUCAUGCACGUUACAGGAUUCAGAAGUAUAUCAGAAAAAGAAUUCUUCUACUGAUGUAUUGCUGUGUGGAUACACCUCACAUCCCAAUGAAACUGAAUGUAAAAACGGAAGCUAUUAUUGUGUGAAACAUGGAGAAAAUCCUGAUGAUGGAUACACCAGUUUCGAUCAUUUUGGAUGGGCCUUUCUAUCAUUGUUCCGACUGAUGACACAGGAUAGUUGGGAAAUCCUCUAUCGGCAGGUUAUCAGAACAUCUGGGAAAUCUUACUGCAUCUUUUUUGUGAUAAUCAUCUUUUUGUGCUCAUUUUAUCUAUUUAAUUUAAUCCUGGCUGUUGUAACAAUGGCAUAUGAAGAGCAAAACAAAGCAACACUUGCACACACAAAGGCAAGGGAGCUGUUACUUCGUGAAGCAAAAGAACUACUAAAAAAGGAAAAGGAGUUGGCUUCCCAAAGACAAAUUGCAUCCUUGGAUGAAAACACUGAAAUGUCAAGUGUGGAAUUCAAAAAUAAAAAAAUGAGGAAAAGCAAGAGGAAGAAGAAAACGAAAGACAAAGAGCCAAAAACUUAUGGAGAAGAUGAAACCCUGUUUUAUACACCACCUGAUAAAAGUCAAAAGGAGCUUAAGGAGCUGUUAAUGUCCUAUCACCUACCCGUUGACACUCCUGAUGAUCCAUUUCAAAGACAACGGUUAACAAGUGCUGCUAAUGUCAUCAGCAAAACCAUGGAAUGGGAAGAAUCAAAAAUGGAAUUCCCUCCAUGCUUGAAAACUGCUGCCCAUAAGUAUCUCAUCUGGCAAUGUUGCCCACUCUGGUUGCAAAUAAAGAAAAUGGUGAAGAAAGUCAUGAUAAACCCUUUUGCUGAACUAUUUAUUACUCUGUGUAUUAUAGUGAAUACUGUUUUAAUGACAUUCGAAAGAGUUCCAGAAACAAAGAACAUGGUUUCCACAGGAAACAAAGUUUUCACUGCCAUUUUUACAGCUGAAAUGAUCCUCAAAAUAAUUGCUCUUGAUCCCUACUACUAUUUUCAAGAGGCUUGGAAUAUUUUUGACUGCCUUUUGGCUGUUUUAGGUAUAAUAAGCUUGGUCACGAGGCGUCCCCUAUCAAUUUUCAGAAUGCUGAGAAUUUUCAAAUUGUCCAAGUUUUGGCCAGCAUUAAAUAAGCUCAUGAAAAUAAUGUGGAAAUCAGUGGGCCCACUAAGCAACCUCACACUUGUUCUGAUUUUUACCGUAUUCAUUUUUGCUGUGGUUGGCAAGCAGGGCUUUAGCCAAAGUUACAAAACAUUUCGAGAAACAUGUGAGAACAAAACGCAGAUCUGCAACAGUGACAGUACCAAUGCCACCCAUAAAUGUAAAUUACGAUGGCAUAUGGAAGACUUCUUACAUUCAUUCCUUGUUAUAUUCCGAAUUCUCUGUGGAGAAUGGAUCGAAACGAUGUGGGGCUGUAUGAAAGCUGCUGGGGAAGGAUGGUGCAUUUUCCUGUUCAUGCUGGUCCUGCUUUUAGGAAACCUAGUGGUCCUCAACCUCUUUAUCGCUUUGCUCCUGAGUUCCUUUAGUAGCAGUGAUUCAGAAACUGAGUUAGAUGAAGAGCAAGCUAAGCCUCACGUGGUCCUUGCUCACAGGGGGUUGCAAUUUGUCAAACAUCUGCUGUGGAACCGCUGUUGCAAUGCCCUUGUGCAAAAGCUGAAGAAGGCAAGAACGAAGACCAAGGAGGUGACCAUCCCAAAGGACGGGGCCACUGAGCCAAGGAAAGGGGUCCCGGAAAACUAUGCUAGUGGUAAACAUUUGGAGAAGCUGCCGGUGGAUCAUUUUAUGACAGACUUUAAUACAUUUGUCUGUGCUCCCCUUGCUGAAAUGGAGACUUUUGGUGAGGAAGAAAUGGAUUGCAGCAAAGAGGAGAACAACUUGCAAAAGAGAAGAGAGAAAUUCAAAAGGUCAAGACAAAUUCUGUCUUCUGAUAUUUCCGAAAGUAGCAAUGUUUGGUCUUUGAAUGUUCCUAAGAGCGUGGAUCUUGAAAGCAGCUGUUCUGAGGCCAGCACAGUAGAUGAGAGGUCUCCCAUCUGCAUUUUCCCUGUAGUCAAGAAGGAGCCUGUGGCCUGUUUUCCACAAGUGUUGGUCAAGUUCUUCCCAUGUUGCACGGUGAAUACUGAUAAAUUUCCAGGCAACACUUGGUGGAGGUUUAGAAAAACCUGCUACAGAAUUGUAAAACAUAGUUGGUUUGAAUCUUUUAUCAUAUUUAUGAUAUUACUGAGCAGUGGUGUUCUGAUCUUUGAAGACAUCUACCUUGCUGAGAGAAAGACCAUAAAAAUCAUACUGGAAUAUGCAGAUAUAUUUUUCUUCUACAUCUUUUUCCUGGAGAUGCUUCUGAAAUGGGUGGCUUAUGGCUUCAGAAAAUAUUUCACCAAUGCUUGGUGUUGGCUUGAUUUCUUUAUUGUAUGUGUUUCCUUUCCUGCAAAAACAGUUGGAACAAAGGGAAGAGAUCUGUGUGAUAGCCAUGUCUCCACAAAAUCUCUCAGAACUUUAAGAGCCCUGAGACCUCUUCGUGCAUUGUCCAGAUUUAAAGGGAUAAAGGUUGUAGUGAAUGCACUCGCAGGAGCUGUCCCUUCGAUCGGGAAUGUGCUGCUUGUCUGUGUUGUUCUCUGGCUCCCAUUUAACAUCCUAGGAGUACAACUGUUUGGAGGAAAAUUUUCGAAAUGCAGUGAUGCAUCUUUAAAAAAUAAAAGUGUCUGUGAAAGUCAGAAUUCCGAAUGGACUAAUACGAAUGUCAACUUUGAUCAUGUUGGGAUGGGGUAUCUGGCUCUCCUCCAGGUGGCAACCUUUAAGGGCUGGAUGGAGAUUAUGUAUGCUGCAGUAGAUGCACCUUCAAAAGAAAAUGAACAGCCAAGUUUUGAAAAUAAUGUGUGGGCAUAUCUCUAUUUUGUGGCUUUUAUCAUAUUUGGAUCGUUCUUCAUGCUAAACCUCUUCAUUGGAGUUGUUAUUGACAAUUUCAACCAACAAAGGAAAAAGCUAGGGGGAGAACUCAUUUUUAUGUCAGACGAACAAAAGAAAUAUUAUAACGCAUUAAAAAAACUUGGUAACAAGAAACCACUUAAGCCCGUUCCACGGCCGCAGAACAUGUACCAAGGACUUCUUUUUGACGUUGUAAACAAGAAAGCAUUUGAUAUUUUCAUUAUAAGUCUAAUUUUAUUGAAUGUGGUGAUCAUGGCAGCAGAGCAUGAAGAGGAAGGGGAAGCUGUUAAGAGCCUUCUUGAAAAUAUAAAUCUUGUAUUUGUCGCUAUCUUUACUGGAGAGUGCAUCAUCAAAAUGUUGGCUUUGCGACUGUAUUUCUUCAAAGACGGUUGGAAUAUAUUUGAUUUUGUGGUUGUGAUUCUUUCAAUACUUAGUUCUGCAGCUGGACAACUUCGAAAAGCACUUGAUUUCCCUCCUACAAUCCUGAGAAUAAUUCGAGUAGCCCGUGUUAGUCGACUACUGAGACUUAUCAGAGGAGCCAGAGGGCUUCGGACCCUCCUUUUUGCAUUACUGAUGUCCCUUCCUUCUCUCACCAACAUUGGGCUUCUCCUUUUUCUGAUCAUGUUUAUUUAUGCUAUUUUUGGUAUGUCUAACUUUGCCUGUGCAAGCUGGCAAGGUGGGAUUGACAACAUUUUCAACUUCCAAACCUUUGGCAGCAGUAUGCUUUGUCUCUUCCAAAUAACAACAUCUGCUGGCUGGCAUGACCUUCUCAACCCAAUGCUGAACACUGAGAAUAUCACUUGUGCUCCCAAUUUAGGUGGAAAUGGUCCCUGCGUAAACAGGAGUGUGGCAAUUGCCUAUUUUGUAAGCUACAUCAUUAUAUCAUUCCUCAUUGUAGUUAACAUGUACAUUGCUGUCAUCAUAGAGAACUUGAAUGUUGCCACGGAGGAAAGCACAGAACCUCUAGGUGACGAUGAUUUUGAAAUUUUUUAUGAGAUUUGGGCAAAAUUUGAUCCUCGCGCAACCCAAUUUAUUUCUUACUUCGCACUUUCAGACUUUGCUGAUGCUCUAGCAGAACCUUUGCGCAUACCCAAACCUAACAGGCAACAGCUGAUGUUAAUGGACCUUCCUAUGGUAAACGGAAAUAAAAUCCACUGCUUGGAUAUUUUGUUUGCUUUUACCAAAAGGGUAUUGGGAGAAUAUGGGGACAUGGGUCCACUUGAGACCCAGAUCGAAGAAAAGUAUCCAGAGAAGAUUGCCAACGAACCCAUUAUAACGACUCCCAAGCGAAAAGAGGAGGAAUCUGCUGCCAUUAUCCAGAGGGCUUUCAGGAUGUAUCUCCUUCACCAAGCAGUGAAAGAAGUCUGUCAGGAAACCUGCAACAGCACCCCCUUGGAAUGCAUACAUGAGGAGGAAGGUGGGUCUGCAGUCACACUUAGUGAAAACGAAGACAGUCAGUCAAGUAACUCCCACAGCCCAUCUCCAGUAUCUAUUCCUCCAUCUUACAGUAACGUCACAGGCACCACUAAUGACAUUAUUCAAGUGACGAUCACAGACACUAGUGAACCCAAGUGAUUUACAGUUCGCUAUUUUUCUUGUCGCAAUACAAUUUUCCAGGAAGUGUAACACUACAAAAUAUUCAUCAUUAUAGCCACCUUUAUUUAACACUUUUAACUGUGAAGCUUUCCCAUUUGUGUAUCCUCUUGAUGCUCUUAGCGGGAAUAAAUAUUGCAACUGGAAAGUCUUCAAUAAUAGUUAAAGGAGAAAAGAUUUGUACCUUUACUGCUUAGCUUUAUUGACUGAUUAGUUAGCAUGUUAUUUUGGUAGCUGUUGGGGCCAUCAUAAAAAAAAAGAGCCAUGGACUUCUCUUUAUCUAUGAAUGCUUUGUUGUUACCCCCCCCCCCCCCUUAUUCAAAAAUACAUUUUGGGACCAGGAAAGAGUCCAGUUGCCCAGAAUAGUUUAUCAUGAGAUAUGGGCCUUGUGUUGCAACAUGGCUAACAACAAACUGUCAGAUUCAGCUCCUUUGCAGAGAAAGACAAAGCAAAGGUGACCUGUAGCCAGUAAAAGCUGGUCUUCUAAUUGUACAGACUGGCUAGUAAACCAUACCUGGAGGUUUUUGUACAGAUCAAAGAACAACACCUGACUUGCUGUAUUUUGUGACUGGUCUCUCCUGUUCAUUAUUUGGCCAGAGCUUGCUGAUAGUGCACAGAUUCAAUCCCUGAAUGACAUCCUUCAGGUAACCAGUUCAAGAUAUGUUGUGGUUGUUUAAGACUGAGUUUUGUUUUAAAGAAGUAUCAGAGAAGGCAUGGUGAGUCAAUCCAUUUGAGUCUAAAUUAAUUCUUAUUGAAUAUAUCAUGGCUGCCCCUCCCAUUACAUGCCCACACAUGGAAGUAAUUUUUAUACUACGUAACUGUUAAAUUGUGUGUGGGAAAUUAUAAUUCCUGCAAAACGCUACACGUAUUCUACAAUCACGUAUUUCUACUCAUACAAGUCAGGCUGCAUGUAUUCACACAAUGUUUUAAAAUAAGUGGGAUUACUUACAUCAAUGCGAUACUUAUGUACACAUACUGCACAAGUAAGCAAACAAAUGUACCUGCCUAAUGUAUAUUAUAAAAUGAUAUUUCACAAACUAUAGCA